GGGAAAGAAACGAUGGGUGUAGCCUUAUAUUAAGGAGCUUUGUACUGGAAGAAACUUGUCGGAGUUCAAGUUCAAGCUGACAGGCUAUAUUUGUCUAAGUUCACUUUUAAAGUAUCCGCGCUCACUCGGCACCUCUUCUCCUGCAGUACCAUGGCCAAUGUAGAGGAAGAGAUUUUCGAGGCGACGCAUGAUCCUGGGCUGAUGAGGCGGCGUUUUUCUCGUGGCCACUGCCCCUUGUCACAGGAUGAGAUGGACGGGCUCACGAAAAACACUGAAGAGCGUCCCUUCCUGUUGGUCCACCGCUUACAUGCUGCAAAGGAGUGGGGCAUGCCACUGUUCCUGCAGGGGGCGGCAGUGAGCUGUCGGGUGGAGAGCACUGAGAGAUACGCCACACGCUCCAAGGUGCGUGCGUGCACUCUGUAUACAAUCCGGCUCACACACGGCCAGUUCAGCUGGACCCUGAAGAGGAAGUAUAAACACUUCCAGGAGCUGCACCGGGACCUGUACAAGCACAGAAUGAUGCUUCAUUUUCUGCCUCUGGGGAGGUUUGCCACACAGAGACAGCAGCUGGCCGCAAUGACGGAGGAGAUGCCGUCUCUGCACGGGGGAGUCAGGAGAACUUCCAGCAAGCCGAAAUACCUGGAGGAGUACCUGAAUGGUCUGCUGGAGAACUCCUUCUCUAAAAACUACCAUGGCAUGCUGGAAUUCCUGGAUAUUAGUCCUCUCUCCUUCAUAAAGGAUCUUGGGCCCAAAGGCCUGGAGGGAUUCAUUUUGAAACGGUCAGGAGGUCAUCGUGUCCAGGGCCUGAACUGCUUCGGUCAUCACCAGUUCUGUUUCCGCUGGUCACGGCGCUGGCUGAUUGUGAAGGACUCGUUCCUCCUCUACAUGAACAGGGAGGCGGGGGUCAUUUCGUUUGUCCUCCUCUUUGACCCCGAGCUCAAAGUCCAGGUGGGCCGAUGCUACACUGACACCAAGCAUGGAGUCUGCAUCCAGAACUUUGCUAGGACUCUGGUGAUUAAGUGCAGCAGCUACAAACAGGCCCAGUGGUGGAGUCAUGAGAUCCGCAGCCUGGCAGAGCCAAGUGACUUCUUCCAGACACACCGUUUCCAAGGAUACGCCCCGCCCCGCGAGGACACGCUCACCAAGUGGUACGUGAAUGGCAGUGGCUACUUCGCAGACCUGGCUGUGGCUUUAGACCAGGCAAAGGAGGAAAUCUUCAUCACAGACUGGUGGCUCAGCCCUGAGGUUCACUUGAAGCGGCCGGCCAAGAGCACAUACUGGCGCCUGGACCAGAUCCUGAAACGCAAAGCAGAGCAAGGCGUGAAGGUGUGCGUGCUUCUGUACAAGGAAGUGGAGGUGGCGCUGGGCAUCAACAGCGACUACAGCAAGAGGACCCUGAUGAACAUGCACCCCAAUAUCAAGGUGAUGAGACAUCCUGACCACGUCUCCUCCAUUGUCUUCCUCUGGGCACACCAUGAGAAGAUGGUGGCCAUCGACCAAUCGGUGGUAUUUAUAGGCGGGAUUGACCUGGCCUUUGGGAGGUGGGAUGACUGCCUCUACAGACUGACUGAUAUGGGAGACUCAGAAUUACCCAAUCACAAUCCAGAGGUGGGGCCAGAGGCUGGUGACAAAGUUGAUGAAGGCGCUAAUGGGUCAGCAUGCCGGCCCCCGACUGCAAAGCCAGAGCCUGUGGACGCAGAAGACUUGACAGCUAACAGUCUCUUGUGGUUGGGGAAAGACUACAGCAACUUCAUCAACAAGGACUGGGUCCAGCUUGAUCACCCCUUUGAAGACAACAUUGACCGCUCCCAGGUGCCUCGCAUGCCCUGGCGUGACCUGGCUGCAGUGCUUCAUGGGAAAGCAGCUAGGGACAUGGCCCGUCAUUUCAUACAGCGCUGGAACUUCACCAAGAUUUUCAAGAACAAGUACAAAGACAACUUCUUCCCCUACUUGCUGCCAAAAUCUCAUUCUACCGCAGACUCACUGCCUUUCACUGUACCAGGGACCAGUAAGGCCUCUGUGCAGGUUCUGCGCUCUGUGGACCGUUGGUCAGCUGGGACGUGCGAGAGCUCCAUCCAUAAUGCCUACAUCCAUACCAUCGAAAACAGCCAGCACUACAUCUACAUCGAGAAUCAGUUCUUCAUCAGCUGUGCAGACAACAAGAGCGUGCACAACGGAAUUGGGGAUGCCAUCGUGAAAAGGAUCCUAAGGGCUCACAGCGAGCAGCAGACAUACCGAGUGUAUGUGAUUGUUCCCUUGCUGCCAGGGUUUGAGGGUGACAUCAGCACAGGUGGCGGAAAUGCGAUUCAGGCCAUACUGCAUUUCACCUACAGGACGAUGUGUCGAGGGGAUUUCUCCAUCCUGGCAAGACUGAAGGAACAGAUGCAAGACCAGUGGACCCAGUACAUCUCAUUCUGCGGGCUUCGCACUCACUCUCAGCUCUCCCAGUGCCCUGUCACCGAGCUCAUCUACGUACACAGCAAGGCUCUCAUCGCAGAUGACCGCUGCUACAUCAUAGGUUCUGCCAAUAUAAAUGACCGCAGCAUGUUAGGCAGUCGGGACAGUGAGCUGGCAGUGUUUGUGGAGGACGAGGAAAGGGUCCCAUCCCGCAUGGGUGGAGUGGAGUACCAGGCUGGGCCCCUCACCCUGGCCCUGCGCAUGGAGUGUUUCAGAGUUCUCUUGGGCGUAGAAGCAGAUUCCAGCAUUGACAUUCAGGAUCCCAUCAGUGAUGAGUUUUUUCAGACAGUUUGGAACAAGACUGCGCAAUCAAAUGGCAACAUUUAUGACAUGGUUUUCCGCUGUCUGCCUUCCAACUCAAUCCGCAAUCUGCGUGCCUUGAGGGAGCUCUCCACCGUCAAGCACCUAUAUCAGACCGACCCAGAGCAAGCCAGGAAGGAGCUGGAAGCUAUCAGAGGGCUGCUGGUGUACUUUCCCCUCGACUUCCUGUCCGAAGAGUAUCUCCUGCCCCCAAUCAGCAGCAAAGAGAGAAUAGUUCCUAUGGAAGUCUGGACCUAAGUGGAAACGGCAAGCUGGUAUAGCAUAGUGCUCGUUAUGAGCUAUAAUGGGUUCUGUUUUCUUAAUAACUUCAAUGUCUUCAUUUACGUGAGACAUCUAACACUAGCUGCUCACAUCUCCCACCAUUGAGAAUAAGAGAUUAAGACCCAGCUAACCUGCCAUUAAGGUCAAGAGGGCAUUUAGGGUGUAAAACCACUGAUACGUGCUACCAUCUUGGAAAAUAUUUCCACAGAUUUAACAAGGUUUUUAUAGUUGAAGAAUAAUACACUUAAAAAAUAAUAGUAAUAACAACCAUAGUAUUGGCAUAGAAUAUUUUGUUGUAACCAUAUAUAUUCAUUUUAGGAAGUAGCGUAUAUACAAUAUUCCAAAUGAUCUUUGUGAGUACCCCUGGCCAGAUGACAGGACUGAUAUAAUGAGGAGAGGUCAGACCACUGUUUUUAUGUCCUCUGUCUGUUCAGAAUCAGAAAGGCAUGAGACAUCACUAAGCAAUAGAGUGAAUCUCCAUUUUUUCUACAGCAAAUGAACACUUAUUGUACAGUAUGUGGUAGCAUCUGUGGGGAAAAAAAGUCAGCGGACUGCACUUAGCACAUUUUCAAUCAUCUUAUUCUUUUAUAUGACAGCAUUAACUACAGCUGAUUAAUUUACCAUUUAUUACACUUAAUGCUGUGGUCUUACUCAGCAUGUAGUUGACACUAAUUUUUGCCAGUGUUAGCCCUGCCUUUGGCACAUCAUGUCAGUCAUUACAGUAUACACUUAACUGGGAGCUGUGAGAGAGUGGAAGGGAAGGAGGGAUCAGAAGUCAAGUGCUUCAGAAAAGAGAGGAACAUAACGUACCAUUACGGCUGCAAGUAUGUGGGUGGCUAGCUUGCCUCCUCUCGCUUUCUCUCUCUCUCUGUCUCUCUCUUUCUCUCUCUCUUUCUCUCUCUCCCUCUCAGUCCCUCUCAAUGCAGUGCCAGCAAAACUGUCAGAACAUUUGUGGUUGUUAUGGUGACGGAUAUAAAGAGCUGACUACAUUGUGGCGGAGAGUGGAAUAGAGGGAGAGAGAAAGUGUGAGCAAGAAAGAUGGGCAGAGAAAGAGUGAAGAAGGAUGGACUGAACGAUGAGGGUUGGAGUGAACACUAGGAAAGGAGAAGAUGGAAAAAUGUAGAGGGUGCAGGCUGUGAAAUAAAGGGAAAUACUGGGCUGGGAGGUAAAGAGGGUGAAUAAGGUAGGAGAGAGAAUGAGGGGGUGUUGCUGUGCACUGAUCCUUGCGUAUUUUUCUACCAUCACCGUGGCAACCAAGUGAAUUAUUAUUAUGUAAUACUGUUGUCACUGGUCCAGAACUUUCCAUUCUAUGUUCAUAAGACCAGGGAGUGGGAGAGGGGUAUAUGAAAAUCUAUUUUCAAUCAAGGAAAGAGAUUGUUGUGGUGAACCAGUUUGUAUGAGGAGAGGUUUGGGGGGUGUAUUAUAGGCAGGAACAGAGACAGAGAAAAUGGCUAAUACAUUUGAUGGAUAGGCAAUGAACAACAACAAAAAAAGAAACAUGGAUGUCACUAAAUAGGAUGUUAGUGCAUUACGGAUUGAGACUCCCUGUUAUGACACCACUCUUCCAACAAGGGAGUCAAACUGACACUUUUUUUGGAGGUGAUAGUUUUUUUUUUUGCUUUGUUAUAGAAUAUAGCAUACAUGCUAGAAUGGGUGACCACAAAAUAGAUUAAAUUAUAGGUGUUGCUCAAUCCACUGAACAACAAUCUUGAGAUUUGUGGUUGGAGACAUUGUCAUGUUAAAAGACACCCCUUGGAGCAGGACAGAAAUGCCUUAACAAUGUGGGAAUGCAAUCACUCCAGUACCAUUAAGUAACAACAUUGACCUUGCCUUCAAAAGUUAUGAGAUCUCCCAAAUCAUGCCCAGAAAAUGCACUCCGCCUCAUUACAGACUGACCAGAGUUCUAGAACUUUUGUGUUUCCAUUUUUUUCCAACUACCUGUUGCAACUACCUGUUGCUUUCAGGCUAGGAGUAUAGAAAGAAGCAAACACCACACCACAACGUCCAAUAUAAUUUUUAAAGCAAGUCAUAUACAGCCCAAAGACAAUAAAGAAGAAUUACUCAAUAUCCUUGACUAUGUAGAUUGUACUUCACUUAUACAUUAUUGAAGAUGGACCCUCUGGAUACAUCUGUUCUUGUAUUUAGGCAGGUACAAAUGAGCUUCACAGUAGCUUCAGCAUUCUUUUCAUAGGUCAAUGAACCACGGAUCUACUGUGCUACUGCAUAACUGGGGGGUGUACAUUUACCAUACGAUACCACUUAAAUAUUUACGUAGGCCUAUCCUAUUAUAACAUCCUAAGUUACAUGGUAUAUUAAAUUAAAAAUAUUUCUACAUAUGCUUUUUGUAUAGGCCUACGUAUAGAUUGUGUGUAGAUAAUUAAUUGUAAUUGUAAUUGUAUUGUGAAGCAUGGAAAGUGUAUUACGUAGUAUGCCAAUUUCCUUGUGAUUUUGAUGUAUAAUGACAUAUUGUAGCGUAGCCUACUGUGCCAUUUAUAUAAGCUGCAUUGCCAUUCUUGUACGCUUGGCCUCUGAUAUGUGCUUAGCAAUCAUAAUGAGUUGUUCACCUAAAUGCAUGGUUGUACAUUAGAAAAUAACGUAAUGUUUAAUAGUUAAACUCCUCAGUUUGAAAGGUUUCAAAGCUUUCAGGGGUGGGAAUCUGACACUGUUUGAUGUAAAGGUAACACAGAUAAUGCAAAUGUAUAGUGAUACUUAAGAAAUUCCAGCAUUUUUUUUUAUUACUUUAUUUUUCAAAGAAAAUAAAGCAUACAUGAAUAAAA